CUCUCUCUCCCUGUCUCUCUCUCUCUCUCUCUCUCUCUCUCUCUCUCUCUCUCUCUCUCUAUUCAACACAUAAACGCAUCAAACACACAAAAGCCAUGCAGAUCGAUUUCCUUCUCUCAAGAUCUCAUGUUUCUUGAACCUCCAAAUUAUAUAUAUAUAAUUACAUAAAACCCUAGAUAGUUCUCUUCAAAUAUCCCAUCCACCAAUAUGCAACAGGCGCGUGUCACAUAAUUCCUCCUUCACCAUUCUUCUCUCUAUCUUCCCUGACCUUUCAAUUCCCAGACGACCAUGCAAGUCCAAGCAACAAAACCCUAACUGUUUUUUUAUUUCAUUUUUUUCUUUUUCCUCUUCUUUCACUAAUCAAUCGAAGCCAUGAAAGCCGAACUGAGAGGAACCACGUCUAUUUCUCUACAAAACCCUACUCUCUUCGACACCCAUCAUCCUCCUCUUUCCGGCGCGCUUACCGGGUGUCUCGGAAGCCUCGACGGAGCUUGUUUGGAAAAGCUGCUACUUCACUGCGCCAGCGCCCUGGAGAGCAACGACGUCACUUUGGCUCAACAGGUUAUGUGGGUGCUAAAUAACGUCGCUUCUUCUGUCGGUGAUCCCAACCAAAGGCUCACCUCUUGGUUCUUGAGAGCACUUAUUUCAAGGGCCUCUAGGGUUUAUCCCACAUCGAUGAAUUUCAACGGAAGCAGCAGCACCAUUCAAAGGAGGUUGAUGUCGGUGACGGAGCUAGCCGGGUACGUUGAUCUAAUCCCUUGGCACCGGUUUGGGUUUUGUGCGUCAAAUAGUGCCAUUUUGAAGGCAAUCGAAGGGUUCCCAAGAGUUCACAUCAUAGAUUUUAGCAUCACACAUUGUAUGCAAUGGCCUACUCUCAUAGACGCUCUGGCAAAAAGGCCUGAAGGGCCUCCUUCGCUAAAGAUCACAGUGCCCUCUUAUAGGCCACCUGUCCCUCCCUUGCUUAAUGUAUCAACCGAACAAGUUGGCCUAAGGUUAGCAAAUUUCGCUAAGUUUAAGGAUGUUCCUUUUGAAUUCCACGUCUUCGACAGCUCACCUAAAGAACACCUGAAUCCUUCCCUGCUAAAUCUUAGGGAUGACGAGGCUCUGGUGAUAAAUUGCCAACACUGGCUACGCUUUUUGUCUGAUGAGGAAAAGGGGAGAGACACUUUCCUCAAUAUAAUAAAAAACCUUAACCCUCAAAUUAUUGUGGUGGUUGAUGAAGAUUCUGAUCUGAGUGGAUCGAGCCUCACAUCGAGGAUUGCCACUUGCUUUAAUUACCUAUGGAUACCCUUUGAUUCCUUGGAAACUUUCUUGCCCAAAGACAGUAGGCAAAGGAUGGAAUAUGAAUCUGAUAUUGGCCAUAAAAUUGAGAACAUCAUUGGUUUUGAAGGGUUUCAAAGGAUAGAGAGGUUGGAGUCCGGGGUUAAACUGUCACAGAGAUGUAAGAACGCCGGUUUCUUAAGCAUUCCGUUCUGUGAAGAGACUGUUAAGGAAGUGAAGGGGUUGCUUGAUGAACACGCUAGUGGAUGGGGGAUGAAGAGGGAAGAAGAAGAUAUAUUGGUGCUCACAUGGAAGGGCCAUAACUCAGUGUUUGCCACAGCUUGGUUCCCAAAUGGGUUGGAGGAUUGAAAGAGAGUGGACUAAAUUGUCUUAAAACAAGUGAUUUUCACCUGUCACGUCAACAAAUAAGCAUUUGGAAGUGUAAAUUCGAGAGCACAUGGCCUGAAAUGGGGAUUGAGGUUUAUUUUGGGUGGUCCAGAUCAUCUGGCAGUGACCAAACAUGCACGCUGCUUUUUUCUCUUUGGCAAAAGGCUGUAAAUGGGCAUCAGACAAAAGGAAAAUCGAUCGGCAGCAUUUUGAGAGUAACCUUUCAUGGCCACUUGUACUGGAGCUGUAGGCUGCAGCUAAGGUCACAUGAAAGGCAAAGAGAAAAUUGCACAUAAUUGUCUUUGUAAGAGACAAAACUUCUAUCACUUUAUUUUCCCAUGUCUGUCUGGAGAGUACUGCAGUCUGCAGGUUCUUGGCUUUUUUUUUUCUUCUUUUUUAAUUUUCCCCUUUGUGUCCUGAAAGUGUGCAUGUUUUUGUUUUUCAAGCAAGAUGAAAGUAACUCACUAGCCCUUUCAUAUCAAUCCACCUAGCUAGCUAGAUGUGGGAUUAAUAUUCGUAAUUAAUUAAUAUUGAUGUUUUGAUGUUCAA